CUUCCCUGCACACACACCAUCAACUUUCUCAGAGUGAGUCUGUCUUUCUCUCCUCACCCCCGUGUCCCCCGCUCGCACUCUGAUGAGCCCUGUCCGUCACCCUACGCACCCUACGGGGUGAUUCUCACCCUCUGUGUCUUCUUUGGCUCAGUACCUCGAGGCUCGCUCUGCCUUACACCCAGCACGCACACCUCUUUGGGGGCCCGUACCCGUUUCCCUUCGUUUCCACCCUCUCCCUCCCUCCUCUCUCUCUCUUGACCCUGUCAAUUUUUUGUGUUGGCCUUUGCCCUUACUCCAAAAUAAAGCACUGCUUUGCUUCCCUCCCGCUCCGACUACUCAUAAUUUCCCGGCACCCAGCUACCACUCCCGCCCACAUAAGACUGACGGCCACCACACACUUUCGGUUUGUUGCCAGCCAGUCUCGCACGCACCGCAUUCGCCCUCUUCUUACAACAUCGACGACGAUACUGACGACGACGACGACCAUCACCCACCACUGACAAACUGGUCUUUGCCUCCUCAAAUUGCAGAAGAAGGAAAAGCAAUCCUUUUUCUAUCCCGCUCACACACGACUUGUUCAGAAACGAAUUUCAAUUGUCGCCUAACGUUCGACAGACCCAGACACUCACACAAGAAAUAUCCCCAUUGAGUCAUCUGCAACUGCCGCUUCGCGUGUUGCGCCGCGCGCAGCCUUCCGAAAGGUCCCAAAAGUUUCAUUGCGCCGAACCACCUCCCACCCGACUCACGUUCGAUUCUCUCCCGGACAACAACCCGCAACCUGGCACUGGAUCCCUAGCCAGCCGGCAAGCGAGCCAAGGACCCUUAAGAACGAACGAGCAUCCGCCGCGGGAACAUUGCAUUGCGAGUUGCUAACGCUGUCGGUCCCGUCUCCCCCAACCAGGAAAUAGACCCGAAUCAGCUACUUGCAUACCACCUGCCACAUCACUCUCGCCCUCACGCCGUGAGCCAUCACAACGACGGCUCGGGCCCGCUGAAUCCAAUAACCCAAGGCUAGAGGCAGGAACUCGAAGUCGAAACGACAGACGCCUGCGUCCUCGAUUGGCCCAAUUCGCCACUGCCCGUUCGCCCUACCAGACCACGCCUGACUGCUGGUUCGCCUGCAGUGUACCGGUACGAACCACCCGCGUGGUCUGUUAGGUCCUUUGGUGCGCCGCGUCGCAUCGCACCGCGCGGCGACGCUCGCAACACCGCGGCAGGAGAUCAUCAGUCUCCCCACGCCUGCUGCUGCCUUCUCGGAGAAACCCUUGCCUACCAGAUAGCGUUGUGUGUGUGUGUGGAACGCCCACCUCGAUAUCUCAGUGUCAACCUCUCCCACCCGUUCCCCGCAUUUCCCAUCCCUCUACGGGCCGUUCCACACGACCACCUCCCCAAGGAUGCCGUCUCCAACAGCUACGCUUUCUCUAUAAACCACCAGAUCGUCCACCUUGGAUCUUGCCGGGGGCCUCUGCAACCCGCGUGUAGCGAAGGCUGCCCCCACGACCAACAUGUCCUCCACUUCUACUCAGAACAUAUCGACACCCUCACCCCUUUUCAACCCUGCCAUGACACCUCAGACGGCUCAUGUAAGGCGCACACGCCCGAGCCAUGUCCAGACCAUUCUCCCGUCCAACACGCAACACCAACAGCAACCACCUACUAUACCCGCCUCGGCAAUAAGCGCCUCCUCUGUGACUUCAAACUCACAACAGGGCUCGCCCAUCAUGUCCCCUGAGACCGCCGUCAUGACAUCCAACAGCUCGCUUCAGGCGUCCCCUGAGCAUCGAGGCCGUGAGCUCCUCGACGACCAGUUCCCCACUGGCCCCUUCCAGCUGCCAGAGUCGGUCAUCUCGAGGAAAACGAGUGACAACUCACUCGGCCAGACCCUCGUCGGCAGUCCCAGCGCAAUGUCUGAGGCCGUGAGCAAAAGCGGCAAUCUCAUGAGGCGUCUGUCGAACAAGACUAGAGCCUGGAAGAACCGCCGCAGGACGUCCUCCGCCGCCCCUAAUAGCCGUGACGGCAGCGUGGGCCCCGGCAUCCUCCGUCGGAGGAGUGACAGCAACACCACGGCUCCGCCCGACUUUGCCGCGUAUAGCGAGUCGGACGACGAUUUCAUUGAUGAUAUCGAAGAUCUGCGGUCCUUGAUUGGCGGCCUCGACGGGGCUCUCCGAGAAUCCUCAUCGAAUAGCACAACCGCCUCACUCGCCGGCUCCACCUCCCCUUCCAACACCACUGCCGGCCCCGUCAUACCCUUUCAGUUGCUCAAGGGCACCUGGAUCAGGAAGGUCUCGAAGAAGAACUGGAAGAAGCGUUUUAUCCUGGUUCUUGAGCCUGACGCGGCCAAGAUCUCGUGGGACAAGAACCGACCCCACAAGUGCCUUUACAUUGACGACAUCAAGGAGGUCAGGACCGGCUCCGAUAUUCGGCAGUAUCGGAUCGACCACGGCGUGCCCGAGACCGAAGAGUCCAGGUGGUUCUCCAUCAUGUACUCGGUGCCCGAUAAGUCCAAGACAAAGAUGAUGCACCUCGUGGCCGACGACGCAAGCACCUUCUCCAAUUGGGUCACCACACUUGGGGCUAUCUCCAAGCAUCGACAGGACCUGAUGGCCUCCUUGAUGGCGUUCAACGACCGAGCGAUCCGCGAUUAUUGGCUUCAUGAGAUGACCAAACAAGGCGGUGAGAAGCCACUCUCCCUCGACGACGGCGACAUCGACUUUGAAGGGGUUCAGCGAGUCUGCCGGAACCUCCACAUCCAUGCGUCUCCCAGUCAGCUUCGCGCUAAGUUCCACGCGGCUGACGUUACCGACACCGGCCGCCUGAACUUCUUCGAGUUCCAGACUUUUGUAGGCUACAUGAAGCGUCGUGACGACAUCCGUCAUAUCUACUACCAGAUCGCUGCGAAUCCGGAGACGGGCCUCACCGUUAAGGAGUUUCUGGACUUCUUGCGCAACGUCCAAGGGGAGAACAUCGACGCCGACCUUGCCGCCUGGGAGGCCCUGUACAGUAAAUUUGCCCGCAAGUUUAAGGCUAAAGAUGCGGACGCGGUCCAGACCGACGGCCCGAAGAUGGGCGACGCAGCUUUUGCGGCAUUCCUAACAUCGACUUACAACCUGCCCGUGCACAAGGAGCCCAAGGAGUACACACUCGACCGACCACUGAACGAGUACUUCGUUUCCAGCUCGCACAACACCUACCUGAUGGGCCGUCAAGUCGCCGGCCUUUCCAGCGUCGAGGGCUACAUCUCGGCUCUCGCCCGUGGUUGCCGCUGUGUCGAGGUGGACUGCUGGGAUGGUCCCGACGGUCAACCAACCGUCAACCACGGCCGGACCCUCACCACUUCCAUCAGUUUCCAGGAAACUAUGACGACGAUCAACAAGUACGCCUUUGUCAAAACCAAGUACCCCCUGUGGAUUUCCCUCGAGGUACACUGCAACCCUCAGCAGCAGGCUGAGAUGGCUCGCAUCAUCAAGGAGACCUUCGGUGCGCGUCUCGUCACCGUACCGCUCGACUCGUCCGACAAGCUUCCCUCGCCCGAGCAGCUCAAGGAGCGAGUCCUGAUCAAGGUCAAGCGCCCGCAGCCCACUCCGGAGCCCAAGCCAGCGGAGACAACAGGCCGCCGUCGCGGCAACAGCCUAACGUCGCCGUACCCAAAACCGGUCCAACUCGACAACAGCAUCAUCCCGUCUCAGUCCCUGCCUCAGAGCCCCAUCUUGAGCCCCAGCCAUUCCUCCCGCCGGCUUGUAAGCAAGAGCCGCGUCAACACCAUCACCGAGGGAGAGGUGCAGGACGCCCUGAGCAGCAGCACGAGCGAUAACGACAGCGCCGGUGAGCGGAUCCCCCCUAGACGGUCGUCAAACAAGACAGUCAAGGUUCUGGGAGACCUGGGCGUGUAUUGUGCCGGAGUCAAGUUUGGCGGGUUCGACGCCCCCGACGCAAAGGCGUACAACCACAUCUUUUCGUUCAUGGAAUCGAGUUUCAUGAGGAACAGCAAGUCCAAGGAGGAACGGAGGGCUAUCGAACGCCACAACAUGCGGUACCUCAUGCGGGUUUACCCCGAUCGCACCCGAAUCACCUCGAACAACUUCAACCCCGUCACUUAUUGGCGUAAGGGCGUGCAGAUGGCGGCUCUCAACUGGCAGACGUUCGACCUAGGAAUGCAGCUCAACCAGGCCAUGUACGAGAGUGGCACCGACAAGUCCGGAUACGUGCUCAAGCCCACUGAGCUUCGCGAGAUCAAGGUGAUGCCUCAGGAAUGGUCCGGUUUCAGGGAACGUGAGGAGGUUACCUUUAGUAUCGACGUCAUCUCGGCCCAGCAACUCAUGCGACCCAACGGCAUGCCCAAUAACAAGACGGUCGACCCAUACGUGGAGGUCGAGGUAUUCCACUCCAGCGACAAGAGGGAGAAGAGGGAUGUGGACCCCACCGAGGCCCCCUCCACCGACUCACCGCUUAAGUUCCGGACGCGCGUCAUCCCGGAGAACGGCUUCAAUCCGAUUUUCGACGGCAAGUUCACCUUUAAGGUGACCACCAAGUUCCCCGAACUCAUCUUUGUUCGCUGGUCGGUCAAGCUCUCCCACAAUGGCGAGAGUUACAACGACCGCCCACCCGUUGCCACGCACACCGCCAAGCUCAACGGCCUCAAGCGGGGUUACCGCACGCUUCCCCUCUUCGACCACAACGGCGAGCAAUACCUCUUUUCAACCCUUUUCUGCCGCAUCAACAUCGACAAUGUCCAGACAGUCUUGAUCAAGCACGAUGAGGCGUCAGAGACAACCGGCGCCACCAAACCUCGCGGGGUCGGACGCGUCUUCAACACGUUCGGCACGCGCUCCAACAACAUUAGCCCCAAGUCCAGCAUGGACAAGUCGAGCUACGAAGGCUAGUCUUCGAAACCUUCACUUCUUGGCAUAAAAUUCCUUUGUUUUUUUUAUUCCCCAAGUUUUGUAUCAGUAUCGACACAGAUUUAACGACACAUUACCGGGGCCCUGCAACUGCACCCCCCGGGCGACACGACACGGCCGAACCCAAAAGACAGAAUUCAGCGCGCCAUCUCUUUUUUUUUGGAUCUAAUGUGCUAUCAACUAUCAAUACCCCCUUUGGCAUUCGACUGCGGCGCACUGUUGGCAUGGAUGAGAACUUCCUGGAGUAGUCUACGACUAUAGUUUCUUUCGUUUCACCCGCUUUCCUUGAAGGACGCGAGGCUUUUAGGGAGACCAACCGGACUUUGUUUCAUUUGUAUCUUGUCCUGACUUUCCAUUUUUUCCCGGUGGAAAUUUCUUUUCUUCUCGGUGC